AGGUCAAUUAGUUCUUACACAGAAAUGGCAUCUGCCUUUGCCACUAAGUUUUCCAGUAGAAGGUUGAUUAGGAAAACUACUACUGAAUUGAUGCGAGUUAAACAGAGGGACGGAGAGUCUCUGAAGAACUACAUGAGCAGAUUCAAUGAUUCGGUGUUGGAGGUUAGUUCCUUCGACCAAGCUGUGGGUAUUGCAGUUGUAAUCUCUGGUCUCAAACAUGAUAGGUUCAGAGACAGUUUGAUCAAACAUGUUGCCACCACCUUUAGCGAGUGUAACGGUUUAAAGUCCGAACUGGAAAGUUUAGCUCAGAAGGGAAUGCUGAAUGAGUAUGUUCAAAGAGCUGAACAGCCGAGGUUUGUCAGAGAACAGAGGCCACAGCCUCAAGGAGUUCGUAAUCCCCCAAAUAGGCAAGGUGUGGGAUAUCAGCAAGCCCCACCUCCGUUCCCACCACUAGCUAGAAUCAUACACAUGAUUACGGGAGGCCUUGAAGCAGGUGGACUGAGCUCUAAGCAGCGAAAGCUAUAUGUUAGAGAGGUUAAGCAUCAGAACCGAGCUCAGAAGCAGAAGAUUGACGAUGCUGAGUGGAAGAAUCAACCCAUUACUUUCACAUUUGCUGACCUCGACACAGUUGUUACACCCCACAAUGAUCCUCUGGUCACUUCUGUCAUGAUCAAUAACUGUGAAGUACAGCGUGUCCUUGUUGACACCGGGAGUGCACCAAACAUCAUGUAUUUCCACUGUUUCGAAAGUCUAGGACUAGAUCUAGCAUUGUUGCAAAAGUAUGAUGGUCCUAUCUAUGGUUUCAACAACCAACAUGUCCCGGUAGAAGGAAUUCUUACUCUCCAUGUGGCUUUUGGGAGUGGCCGGACCUAUGUAACCCUUUCAGUCCGGUUCCUCGUCGUCAAGAUGGCGUCCUCUUUCAACAUUGUUAUUGGCCGACCCACAUUGACCGAAAUCCGAGCUGUGGUUUCCCAAUCUCACCUCUGCAUGAAAUUCCCCACUCCUAUGGGCAUAGCAACAUUGCGAGGAAACCAAGAGGUGGCCAGACACUGUUAUAUCACCUCGGUUAUGGGUGUAGAGAUCGUCGAUAAUCGACCGGACGAUGAAACCAGAGCUGUUCCGGUUGAAGACGUUGAAGAAGUACUCAUUGAUGACAGAGAUCCGAGCUAUAAGACACAGAUCGGAACUAGAUUGAACCCAGAGGAAAGAGCAGAGUUAUUAACUUUUCUCCGAGCUAAUAAUGAUGUGUUUGCAUGGACUUCGGCAGAUAUGCCAGGAAUUCCAAAUUCAGUAUGUCAACAUAAGCUCAGUACCAACCCAUUGAAGAAACCAGUGGCCCAGAAGCGGCGUCCUUUCGGGGGGGAGAGGCUUCAGGCUAUUAAAGAAGAGGUAGAGAAACUUCUACAAGCUGGUUUCGUUAGGAAAGUUGAUUACUGCGAAUGGGUGGCUAACCCCGUCCUGGUGAAGAAGGCAAAUGGUAAAUGGCGAAUGUGUAUCGAUUACAUAAAUCUUAACCACGCCUGCCCUAAGGAUUGCUAUCCGAUGCCGAGCAUUGACAAAUUAGUUGAAGCGGCUUCAGGCAACGAGAGGUUAAGCCUCUUGGAUGCAUUUUCUGGGUAUCACCAGGUGCCGAUGGCUCCCGAAGACGAAGAAAAGACCUCGUUCUAUGCUGGCGAUGAAAUUUAUUGUUAUGUCAUGAUGCUGUUCGGCUUAAAGAACGCAGGUGCUACUUAUCAGAAAAUGGUGACCAUAGUCUUCCUAGCUCAGAUAGGCAAGAAUCUGGAAGUAUAUGUCGACGACAUUGUGGUAAAGAGUCAGAAGGCAGAAAACCAUCUAGCCGACCUCGACGAAACCUUUAACAACCUUAGAAAGAACCGGAUGCAGUUAAACCCGGCCAAAUGCAUCUUCGGAGUAGAGUCUGGGAAGUUUCUAGGUUUCAUGGUGUCCCGAAGAGGGAUCGAGGUCAAUCCAGAGAAGAUCAGAGCAAUUGCCGAGAUGGAACCGCCGAAAUCGGUGAAAGAUAUACAGAGGCUGACUGGCAGGGUGGCAGCUUUGCAUCAGUUCAUAUCGAACUGUAGAUGGAGAGCUUCUUUACUUGUACCUGGGAUUUUAGAUGAGGCCAUUAGUUCAGUUCUGGUGAGAGAAGAAGCUAAGCAGCAGAAACCAAUUUAUUAUAUCAGUAGUGUGCUGUACGGAGCAGAGCUGAGAUAUCCUAUAGCUGAGAAGGCAGCAUUAGCAGUCGUCACUUCGGCCAGGAAGUUGAGGCCAUAUUUCCAGUCACACCCAAUUAUCGUUCUCACCGACCAACCUCUCAGGCAGAUUCUGCAGAAACUAAAGUGCUCUAGAAGAUUAAUUAAGUGGGCAACCUUAUAUGUUGAUGGAGCAUCUAGUAGCAAGGGUUCAGGGGCUGGCGCUCUCUUACUUGGUCCAGAGGGAUACCGAAGCGAACAUGCUCUGAAGUUCAAUUUUGAUGCAACAAAUAACAUGGCUGAGUAUGAAACUCUGCUACUUGGUCUACAGCUAGCAUUGCAGUUGCAAAUCAGUGUAAUUCAAGUAUACAGCGAUUCCCAGUUGGUGGUAAACCAAAUCAACUCAAUCUGUGAAGUUGUUGAUCCUGUGAUGGUAAAGUACGUAGCCUUGGUGGCCGAGCUGAAGUGCAGAUUCCAGAAAUUCUGUCUGAGUAAAAUCCCCCGAGCUGAGAAUGAACAGGCAGAUUCACUCUCCAAGUUUGCCUCUGACAGCUCUUUGAGUUCCAGAUCCAUUUUUGUAGAGAUUUUAGAUGAACCAAGCUUCAUGAAGCCUCGGAUGAUGGAGAUUAGCACAAACCUUGACACACCGAGCUGGACUGACUCAAUUAUCUCCUUUUUGCGAAAUGGAAUAGUACCUGAGGACAGACAAGAGGCGAUGAAGUUGAGGAAGAAAGCAUCUCGGUAUACACGUGAAACACCCUACCACCUAGCCUUUGGUACCGAAGUAGUCAUUCCUGUUGAAAUAGGAGUCCCAAGCUUCCGGGUCACCCAUUUCGAUGAAGGGCGAAAUGGACAACUGCUUGGGGAAAACCUUGAUCUGCUUGCUGAAGUUAGAGAAGAAGCUCGGCUUCGAACUCUUGUUUACAAGCAGAAGCUAGCCAACUUCUACAAUAAACGGGUCCGCCCUCAAGCUUUCAAAGUGCCACAUCCUGGUGCCUAUGUCCUCCAAGACGCUGAAGGAAAGAGAGUUCCUAGAGUCUGGAAUGUCAAUAACUUGAAGAAAUUUUACCCCUAAUAGAAUUCUUUCAAGAGAUUAUGUCUUACAGUUCUUAUUUCAUGCUUGUCGAGAUUCAUUUUACCUCUUAUUCUAUGUAUCCAAGGUCAAUCAGUCUAUUCAUUCCUUGAACCUCACUUCUGAUUAAUAAAUGUCACUUCACAUA